AUGCCCGUCCUCAGCAGCCAAUCUUACGUCUGCGACCCGCGUCCGGACUACCCGCUGCUGAUCACCGCAAAGUGCUACUGGGUCCCGGAGCUCGCCUCUGAUGCGCCUGAUGCACUCACGCUCAUCGUGACACAUGGGACCGGAUAUCACAAGGAGCAGUGGGAGCCGACUUUCGAGUACCUGUACGAGCAUUUGGCGCGAGCGGGCAACAAAGCUGUGCGCAUUCGUGACAUCUGGAGCAUCGACUGCCCGAACCAUGGAGAUGCGGCGGUCUUGAAUGAGAAGACGUUGCAAUGGGGAUACCAUAUCUUCAAUUGGGAGGAGUAUGCGCGUGCUGUGCAUAUAUUCCUGUCCGGGUUGGGCACAGGCGUGGAUGUCGACUUCAGCAAGCGCAACCUAGUUGGCGUCGGGCAUUCCAUGGGUGCUGUUGGCCUGAUUCUCUGCGGGACUUUCCGACCUAACCCACUAUUUCAGUCGUUCAUCUUCGCAGAGCCUAUGUGCUUCCCGCCCGAACCGCAUGGCCUCGGUGGUAAGUUCACAACCGUCCUAACCUCGGGCGCCGAGAAACGCCGCGACAUAUUCCCCUCGCGUGAGGAGGCACUCGCGUGGCUGCAGUCCCGGGCGGGCUUCAAGGUCUGGGACCCCAAGGUCCUUCGUGCCUUUGUUGACCAUGGAAUGCGAGACCUUCCCACAGCUGACUACCCAGAUAAGACCGAGGGCGUGACGCUGAAAUGCACCAGGGCGCAGGAAGCAGCUUGCUAUCGCGACCACACGAACACGGGUCGUGUGCGCGCCUACAACUACUUGUCUACUCUGUGCGCCACUUAUCCUGUGCACAUUUUGUACGGCGCUGUCGAUGAUUACAUUCCGAGCCAAGUGAAGGACUACCUCUUGUCUGAUGGAACAAAGGGCAAACAUGCUUCUGCAUGGCGUGUGAGAAACUCGGGGCAUCUGGUUGUGCAGACACAAUCGAAGGGAUUGGCAGAUGGGAUAUGGGCAAUUCUGACAGGAGAACCUGCACCUGCUUGGGAGAAGAGCAAGCUGUGA